CAGGAAUCCCACAUACUCCAGCUGUGCCUCCUCAGAUUUGCACAACACUGAUUAACCAUCCAAAAUUUUCAACUGUUCCAGCAGUCACAGAAAAAAACCCAGGUCCAGCUGAAUGUCAGGAUGCAAGUAGUUACUAUUAUACUACUACUUCUUCUUUGCAAAGCAUCUGACUGUAGGAAGACAAGAAGCAGGAGUCUGAGAAAGAAUGAAAGGGGAAACAUCUUGCAGAGAGCAUCUAGCACUGUUAAGCGCAAUGCCCAAGGCCCACCAUGUGAAAUAUACACUUAUCUUCAUGAGAAGUAUCUAGACUGCCAGGAAAGAAAAUUGAUUUUUGUGGCACCUGAUUGGCCAGAGGAUUUAAAACACAUGCUCCUGGCAAGAAAUAGGAUUCGUAAAUUGAAGAAUAAUAUGUUCUCCAAGUAUAAAGUACUGAAAAGUCUGGAUUUACAACAGAAUGAAAUAUCAAAAAUCGAGAGUGAGGCUUUUUUUGGUUUGGACAAGCUUACCACGCUCUUACUUCAGCAUAAUCAAAUUAAGACUUUAUCUGAGGAGAUUUUUAUUUAUACACCCAGUCUAAACUACCUACGUCUUUAUGAUAAUCCCUGGCAUUGCAGCUGUGAACUAGAAACUCUCGUUACAAUGCUACAGGUUCCAACAAACAGGAAUUUGGGAAAUUAUGCCAAGUGUGUGCAUCCAAUAGAACUGAAAAAUCAAAAGCUAAAGCAGAUAAAAGUGGAACAGCUGUGUAGUGAAGAGGAUAGGCAGGAACCCCAAAACAUAAAACGCGAGAAACCUGGAGCUGUCAAACCAGAAUUUGAUUCCUCUUUAUGCCACAUGUAUGUGUUUCCUGUACCAACUCUGAACUGCAAAAGAAAAGAUUUAAAGAAAGUUCCAGGUAACAUACCUCCAGAUAUAGUUAAACUUGAUUUGUCCAACAACAAAAUAAGACAACUACGAGCCAAAGAGUUUGAAGAUGUCACUGAACUGAAGAUAUUAAACCUAAACAGUAAUGGAAUAGCUUACAUUGAUCCCGCUGCUUUCUCAGGCCUCAAUAACUUAGAGGAGCUGGAUCUAUCAAACAACAGCUUGCAGAAUUUUGAAUAUGGAGUACUGGAAGACCUCUACUUUUUGAAAAUACUGUGGCUGAGAGACAAUCCUUGGAGAUGUGAUUACAACAUCCAUUACCUUUUCUACUGGUUGAAGCAUCACUACAAUGUUCACUACAGUGGUCUAGAAUGCAAAACGCCUGAGGAAUACAAAGGAUGGUCUGUUGGAAAAUAUGUUCGAAGUUACUAUGAGGAGUGCCCAAAAGACAAGCUGACAGUUUAUCCAGAAACUUUUGAUCUGGACAAAGAUGAUGAGGAAUGGGAACGACACAAAGAACAGUCAGUUCAAACAGUAAAGAAGCACGGUGUAAUUGUCACUGUGAUAGGCUAAUAAGGCAGUUAUGUUUUUGUACAUUCAAAUAGUUGAUACUCAGACAGAAAAAACCAUGCUGUUUACAUUUUUGUUAAUUAUACUGAUUGUUUGCAGGACUAUCUGCUUGCAAAGAUUUCUGUUUAUUGAACUUAAUAAUUACAGAAUGGCAUUAGUUAUACAG